AUGAUUGAAUUGAGGAAGGAAGCUCGGGAGAACUUCCUAACCUGCGCCGUGACAAUCAGUAUCUCCGCAGCGGUUGUGGCUCUUAGAUUCUUCACCCGAUUCUAUGUCGGCCAGAAGCUCAUCCUAUCUGAUUAUCUCUGCGUGCUGUCACUUGCGGUAUUCGGCACAUACUGUGGACUUUUGAUUAAUUAUAUCUUCAAUGUCUCGGAAGUGGGAGCUUUCGAAGGCGCGUUUGUGCCGUCUGCAAAUAGCGUCUCUAUGCAAGAGACUAUGGACUUCAUGAAGAAUAGCUAUGUUCUAAUGCUCCUAUUUACGUCGACCAUCACUAUCGUUAAGUUGAGCAUCAUAUCCUUCUAUUGGACCAUAUUCGCAGUCAACAAUACUCAGAGAUAUUUGAUCAUGGGCGCAACCGGCCUCGUUAUCUCCUGGUGGAUCGCCUUCUUCUUCGUCAUCGUUUUUCUGUGUACUCCGAUCAGCGCCAUGUGGGAAAAGGUCUUUGAGGCAGGAUAUUGCCUCUCAACACCUCAUGUUCUACUGGGAUAUGAACUUAGCAACUUAUUCAUCGACGUCAUCAUGUUGUGUAUUCCAACGCUUGUCGUCUCUAAAUUGCAGCUGAGCUCAAGCAGGAAGUGGUCACUAAUCGCCAUGUUCCUAAUGGGUGCAGCCGUUUGUGUUGCAAGUGUCGUUCGGUUGACAUACAUCUGGCGGCCGCCUAAUGUCGCGCUUGACUGUGAGUCUAUCCAAUGGCACCAAUUCUUAUCGAAACGCCCCUCGCUAAAGAAUCCUUAUCCAGUCGACACCUCGAGAACGGUUGUAUGGUCAACGCUCCAGUCAGGUAUGGCCAUCAUAUGUGCCUGUUUACCGAUGCUCGGCACCCUCUUUACUCGCAACCGAAGCCAACCAUCAUCUAAAUCGAGAACAUGGGGGGACUCGGGGCAACGUGCUGGCUCAGGAUACAAGAGAACCAACAGUCCGAACGCCAGUGUUGAUAGAUGGCAUGACGGUUCCAAUGGACGCUUUCACUCUAGCUCCAAAGGUUGGGCCACGCACGACAACGACAGCGCUGCGUCAGACGAUAUUCCACUCGACCCGAUCCCUGUGAACAAGAUCCAUAUCAAGAGACAGGUGCAAGUGUCUUAG